UGUUCAGCAUCGAAAUACGACAUGUUUCGAUGAAAACACUGGCUUGGUUGGGUUUGGUUUCAUUUUCACACCCCUUCUUAAACAAUCCUUAUUUGACUGUAUACUUUCACGGUAAACGUGUUGGCAGUGCCACUAUGACUGUACAAGUAGGCUGUGUUACACUGUCAAGUAAAAUGACAUGCUGUGAACUGCAAUGAAACCGAACAGCCAUCGAUAUUUGCCACCAGUGAAAAGGAAUUUACGACUCGUGAUUUCACUGCGUUUUCGUCACCUCCGAUCAUAAAAGUUCCAACUAAUCCUUCAACCCAAGAUUGAUGCCAGCCGCCACUAAUCUGCUGUGACCGAUGGAGGACAGCCCAGUGGUGAAACAGAAGGGGCAGCCGAUGGCGGCGCUGUCGGAGCAGCUCCACGAGGUGCGCAUGCAGGCUGAGCUGUGUCUGUACUCCGGGGGCUCGGUGGUGGAGGUCCGUGCAGGCGUCUACGCCAUGGCCCACCUGCCCCUGCCCCCCUGCUCCAAGUACUGCCUCGUCUCCGCCGAGACCAUGGUCAUGGAGAACAGCUUCGGCAGCAACAGGAAGGAGACCCUGGCAUCCCUCCAGAGGCUUUCCACAGCACUGAAUAUCCUGGAGAAGUACGGCUGUAAUCUGACCAAUCCCAACCGGCCACAGUACUGGAGGACGGUGAAGCACAACAACCCGGUGUUCCGGGCGACCGUCGACGCAAUCCAGGGCGGCCGAGCGGUGCUCUGUCUCUAUGGUUACUCCCACCAGCAGAUGGACGGCCUCAGCUUCCCCGAGGACGUGGUGGAGCCCGACGUGGGGCAGGUUGCCAGGGUAACCCUGGAGGUGAUGAGCCUGAGGAUGGAGCUGGACCUGCUCAUCAAGGAGGUUCAUCCACACCCCGAGUUCUAUGAGAGGAUUAUUCCUACACUGAGACACAAGGACGUCGGCCUCAACACGGACGCGGUGGUCAUCUCCUCGCCCUCGUCCUCGUCCUCGUCCUCUUCCUCGCUGGGGCCCCGGGACGGGGCGGCCAAGUCCCUGGGGUUCCCCCUCUACCAGCAGGACCCCCAGGCCCGGCACAGCCCCCGCGCCUUCCAGCCCCUCACGCCCGGACGCAACGCCACCGCCAACGCCUCCACCUCCACCCACCAGGGGCCCGCCUCCCUGUCCUCCACCCGGCCCCCAGAGAACUGUACCAUCUGUGGGAUAUUCUCGGUGGCGUUCCACUGCCCUGCGUGUGCCCAGUGGCUGUGCACCGAGUGUGACCGGCUGUACCACUCCUACCCAGAGAGAGCCAACCACCAGCGCAGCCCGGUCACCUCGUCCUCAUCGGCUAAAAGCAGAAAGAGCAACAGCUCCUCCACCUGGCACUGCCACCACUGCACCAAAGUCAACUCCAUCCGCGAUGUGUUGUGUGAGACAUGUGAGCGCCCCCGGCUGGCCUCGUCGAGUACUGCAGCCGAGGAGGCUCAGCCCAGCACCACCACAGAGUGGCAGUGUAAGAGCUGCACCGUGGUGAACGCGGCCAGCAGCAUCCUGUGUGAGGUCUGCGAGCGUCCGCGCCUCGCCACCAGGCCCCCCGUCACCCCAACGCACCCCGCAGUCACCCCGCCGAGACCCCCCGCCCCCGUCCUGGGCAUGCCGGGGGACCCCGACAACCAGUGGGUGUGCCAGUUCUGCACCUACCUCAACUACUCGCCCUCCACCGUGUGCGAGAUGUGCGACCUGGCCCGCCCCGAGCCCGCGCCCAUGCCCGUGAAGCUCCGCCCCCCGUCGCCCGUGCGGCGCGUCCCGGCGCUGCCCGUCAAACCCAAGAACCCGCCCCCGGAGGAGCCGGAGGCGCGGCGGCAGCGUCUGCUCCAGGAGGAGGGGCUCCGGCUGAUCCAGCUCAUCAGGGACGGGGAGAAGCGGGACCUGAGUCCUGAGGAGGUGUACACUGGCAUGCGGGUGGCCGGCGACACCAGCGUCCUGCCCUGUGAGUGGCUGAGGGACGAGCUCCCCCUGCUGCUGGACCACAUCUGUGAGCUGGUGGCCAACUCCGCCCCCCCGGGAAGCUCCGCCUCCAGCACCCAGCCCACCACGGAGCUCACUAACGGGCUGUGUGAUCCGCCCACGGACGACGGCGGCGGCGGCGGCGGCGGCGGCGGCGGCGGCGGCCCCGACUCCGGCCCCGCCGACGGGGGGGUGACCCUGCAGCUGUCCCGGGCGGAGGCCAAGCAGGCCUGGCUGACAGCAGGGGGCGACACCGAGCGGGCCGCCCGGCAGGCCCUCCGAGACCGCGGCCUCAAGGUGAAGGAGCUGAGCUCGCUGGGCUUCGAGGACGAGCAGCUGUGCCACGAGGUGCUCCGGCAGAGCCGUGGGGAGCUGCACGGCGCCCUGGCCCUCCUGCAGCGCCCCCUGCUGGAGCCCUUCCACCAGCGCAUGUGGAGCGACAAGCCCGAGCAGCCCCUGGACGUGCGGCACCCGGACAAGCAGCGCACCUGCAGGCGUCUGCUGGCGGUGUACGACCUGCCCAGCUGGGGGCGCUGUGAGCUGGCGCUGUCCCUGCUGCUGGAGAGCAACGCCACCUACUGCCUGGAGGACGUGGUGCAGGCGGUGCGCGAGUCCCACGACAGGGAGUUCAUCAAGAGGGUCCUGGCCAAAGAGUGUCCCAUCUGUCUGUCCAUCUUCCCUCACAGCAAGAUGCAGUCCCUGACGUCGUGCCAGUGCUCCGUGUGCUGCGGCUGCUUCCGCCAGCACUUCACCAUCGUGGUGCGGGACAAGCACAUCCGCGACAUGGUGUGCCCCGUGUGCUGGGAGCCUGACAUCAACGACCCCGAGCACCUCAACAGCUACUUCUCCACCCUGGACAUCCAGCUGCGUGAGUGUCUGGAGCCCGAGGUGUACGAGCUGUUCCACAAGAAGCUGACCGAGCAGGCGCUCAUUAAGGACCCCAAGUUCCUCUGGUGCAGCCACUGUUCCUACGGCUUCAUCUACGACGGCCACCAGCUCAAGGUCACCUGCUUUCAGUGUCGCAAGAGCUUCUGUGCCCAGUGCAAGAAACCUUGGGAGUCCCAGCAUGCCGGCCUGUCCUGUGAGCACUACCAGUCCUGGAAGAGGGAGAACGACCCGGAGUACCAGAGACAGGGCCUGGCGGGAUACCUCCGGGACAACGGGAUCACUUGCCCAAACUGUCGCUUCCAGUACGCUCUGUCCAAGGGCGGCUGCAUGCACUUCUGCUGCUCCCAGUGCCGCUACCAGUUCUGCAGCGGCUGCAACAACCCCUUCCACACUACCUGCGCGGUGGACCAGUGCAGUGUGUCAGGGCUGCACGCACACCACCCCAGAGACUGCCUCUUCUACCUCAGAGACUGGGAGCCUAACAGACUGCAAGCCCUGCUGCAGAACGGAGUGGCCUUCAACACAGACCCUCCUCCCGGGACUCAGACAGGUCUGUGCGGGGUGAUCGAGCAGAAGGACGAGGCGGCGCAGCAGUCGGACGCGGCCUGCGGCGCCCAGACCCAGCCGGGCCACGCCGGGCUCUGCGAGAAGCACUACCGGGAGUACCUGGUGAGCCUGAUCAACGGCUACUCCAUCGACCCGGCGCCGCUGUUCAACGCCAACGAGCUGGGGCUGGCCUGCCGGCGGUACCAGGUGGAGGACGCGCGCGGCGAGGGCGAGGACGACUUCGGCUACUACAACCGCCUGCUGGAGAAACUGAUGCACGAGGUCCCGCUGGGAGACAAGGUUCCACGGAACAAGUGAGGACCGCGGCGCCGCUGUACACCUCCUCCUCCUCGUCUCCCGCUCCGUGUUCCCUAUCGGUCGCCCCCCCACCUCCCCCCCACCUCCCCUUCCCCCCCCACCUCCCCCCACCUCCCCCACCUCCCCCACCAUCAGACCUGACAGCGGCGGGCAGUUUAACACACGGCGUGCCAGACAGUGAUGCAUCGGAGACGGCGCCGUGUUUUCCCUGGACGGCGUUCCCGACCUCGCCACGUUUCCUCCAAGGUCGGCACAAUUAACAGGACCGGACGCUUCCUCGAGGAACGCCGAGCCGGUGGACGGUUCCUCUGGGAACGCCGAGGAGGUGACGGUUCCUCUGGGAACGCCGAGGAGGUGACGCUUCCUCUGGGAGCGCCGAGGAGGUGACGGUUCCUCUGGGAACGCCGAGGAGGUGACGCUUCCUCUGGGAACGCCGAGGAGGUGACGCUUCCUCUGGGAGCGCCGAGGAGGUGACGGUUCCUCUGGGAACGCCGAGGAGGUGACGGUUCCUCUGGGAACGCCGAGGAGGUGACGGUUCCUCUGGGAACGCCGAGGAGGUGACGGAUCCUCUGGGAACGCCGAGGAGGUGACGGUUCCUCUGGGAACGCCGAGGAGGGGAUGGUUCAUCUGGGAGUGCCGAGGGGGUGGAUGGUUCCUCUGGGAACGCCGAGGGGGUGGAUGGUUCCUCUGGGAACGCCGAGGGGGUGGACGGUUCCUCUGGGAACGCCGAGGAGGUGACGGUUCCUCUGGGAACGCCGAGGAGGGGACGGUUCCUCUGGGAACGCCGAGGAGGGGACGGUUCCUCUGGGAGUGCCGAGGAGGUGACGGUUCCUCUGGGAACGCCGAGGAGGUGACGGUUCCUCUGGGAACGCCGAGGAGGGGACGGUUCCUCUGGGAGUGCCGAGGAGGUGACGGUUCCUCUGGGAACGCCGAGGGGGUGGAUGGUUCCUCUGGGAGUGCCGAGGGGGUGGAUGGUUACUCUGGGAACGCCGAGGGGGUGGAUGGUUCCUCUGGGAGUGCCGAGGAGGUGGAUGGUUCCUCUGGGAAUGCCGAGCUGCUGGGGAAGGGGGGGGGCGUGGGGUUGUAAAUACCUGGCUGUAAUGAGAGUGAGCAGGAAAUGGUAGUUUGAGAAGGUUCUUGGUUUUCCUCGAUAAAUGAAUGGCCGGCCCAGAAGGUAGUCAGGUACAAGUACAAACGUAUACUCUGCAUCCAGGAGUAAUGACAGCGAUUUCUGCCCAUUAAAGCGAUAGUGAGACUUCCCAUUUGGGCAAAGCUGUACCUAAUGUGGGUACUAAAACUAAAUGGAAACAUUUCCAGGAAAAGCAAUUGGAGGCGUUUGUUAAAAUGCCACAGCUUGUAUCUUAACUGUGAGUAUAAGAUGUGUGUACGUUUAGGUAUGAUAAAGAUAAAGGUGCAGAUAAACCUGGCCUUUGUAAGACAUGGGAAUCCGCACACACAGAGCAAUUACUUUCUCAAAAGCAAUAUAACAAGGUGGCUUUGGGCAUUUCAUUCGAAGUGUGGAUAUUGAGAAAAACAAACUGACCAAUAAAAAUGAAGCAGUCAACAAUCAAAUUAAAGUCCUUUUCACUCUUUCCCCAACGGUAUUAGGAAUGAGUUAAUAAUAGCUUUAACUGGCUCACUGCAUACGCUGUAUUGACAUUGGUUUGUCAUGUAAAAGAUGCAAGUGCAUCAUGCAGAAAAGAGAUUGUAAAAUGGAUUUGUCACUUCGGAUAAGUCACGCAACAAACAUGCACCAUGAAAUAAUGGUUAAAUAUUUUUGAUGUAAUAUCGUCUAAUGUGUACGUCCAGUGCAAUGUGCUCGUGAAACGUUGUUGCAUUAGGUUAGAACUUCUGCCAACAUUUCUCCUCCCAAAGUAAAGGGAAGAAAACGUGAAAAUGAAAAAGGCUGCUUUCUGGUUCUUCAGUGUGGUGGUCCAACAUCAAACUUGAACCGUCGUCACCAGAUUUAAAUUCAUAUUUUGUGGAGUGCUGCUCUGUUGUCAAAGGUCGUCCUGCUUUGUGAAUAAGUCCGAUCUAACGGACUGUUUGUUUGCUUGUGUGCAUGUGCCGUCUGACAUAAAUCGCCACGAAUCACAAAUGUAUGCCAUAUCUAUAGGUCAUAUUUAUUUGCUAGUAGGACAAUGGAAGAUGAGUUGUUCUGUGGAUUUUAUUCAACUACUUUUGGUGACAUUCAGAGGGAACCUGAACGGACCCGAAGAGUGCUUGACUGUGCCUGAAGUAUCGCUUCUGCAAAAGAGAUUGUGAGUUUGAAGGACCAUUGCUGUUACGAAUGACAAUGAAUUGGAUUCUGCCUUUUUGGGAGCAUUAAUAAAAUGCUUUUGAAAAUCGACUUGUAAACACCACAGAGAGAAUGUACCUAUUUUUUGACAGCUCUUCAAUCCAAUAAAUCACCGGUCCUGUCACA